UAGGACCUUUGAAACUUGAGUUUGGUUUGUACUCUGUAGGUGGAGUUAAAAUUGGUGGUUGAUCAAUUAAACCCUAAAAUCAGUGAUAUUAAGUUGAGUGAAGCAAGUAAUGACCAACUGAGGAUGAGUGCAGAAGCUGAUGAAUCUCAAGAAAAUUCAGUAAAUGAAGUAAAUAAAGAGACGAAACAAGGACAUGAAACAACUAAGGAGGAUCUUUAUGCGUAUUUGGAGAGGGAUUGUUAUACCACAGAAAAAUUUAAAGUAGAAAUUAGAGGCUUACCCAAAUAUUAUGGAAUUGGUGAAUUAAAGAAAUUUUUAAAUGAAAAGCUUUGUUUAAAUGCCAACAAAAUUAAACCACCAAGAAAAGGUAGUGGUUGGGCGUACGUUUGUUUUCGAAACAAUGAAUGUCGAGACAAAGCCAUUAGUGUACUUAAUGGUAUAAAAUGGAAACAUGCACAAUUAACAGCUCAUGUUGCAAAUCCAGCUCCAGAUCCCUACAUGAAAAGAAAGCUUGAAAAGAAUGACGAAUGUUCUAAAAAAAUGAAAAUUGGUGCAAAUUUGGAAUCUAUUUUACCAGAAGAUCAAAUAAAAUCUAACACAAUUCCUCUUUGGAAUAUGCCAUACGAUGAACAAUUAGAAUUUAAACAGAAUGAAAUGAAAAAUAUUAUCGAUAAAAUGGGCAAACAAAUUUUAAAAGUUAAUAAAGAUCUUGCCGGCUGGCUAAAUAAACAAAAGGAAGACAAUGAUGGUUUACCAUGUAAAUUAGGAAAAAUUGUUCAUUCUAAUGUUAUAGAGGGGUAUAGAAAUAAGUGUGAAUUCACCGUUGGCAUAGAUGUAACUGGAAAACAAAAAAUGAUUGGAUUUAGGCUUUCGAGUUAUGCUGCUGGAUCGAUAGCUGUAGGACCCAUUGAUCAUCUGUGCCACAUUCCUAAAAGAAUGAAAAUAGCCAUAAAAAUAUUGGAAAAAUUUAUUCAUAAUUCAGAAUUAGAUGUGUUUAAUCCAAUAACACAUAGUGGCUAUUGGAGGCAAGUCAGCGCUCGAACAACGCGAUUAGAUCACUUAAUGUUAAUAAUUGGUAUACAUCCUCAAAAUAUGACAGGCGAAGAUAAAAAGAAAUUGCAGUUAGAAUUGAAACAGUUUUUUGAACAAGAUAGUAAUUCAAUAGCUCGUGUUACAUCCUUGUAUUUUCAAACGAUCGAAAAAAAAGCCGCUGGUGGAGAAGGUGGUGGUAUAAUUGAACACGUUAGUGGACUUCCUUAUAUAGAGGAAGCGUUGCUUGGUAUGACAUUUAGAAUUUCUCCAGAAGCAUUUUUUCAAAUAAAUAGCUUAUGCGCUGAAGAAUUGUAUAAGACAGCUAUUGAUUUAAUGAAGCCUACUACUGACACAGCUUUACUCGAUGUUUGCUGCGGCACAGGAACAAUUGGACUUAUUUUUGCAAAACAUUGCGAAGAAGUCUUUGGUAUAGAGAUGGUACCGAAUGCAAUCGAAGAUGCAAAAGUAAAUGCUACAAAGAAUAAUGUAAGCAAUUGUGAGUUUUUUGUUGGUAAAGCAGAAGAUAUCUUGUUGCCCGUAAUAAAUAGAACAAAAAAAUCAAAUGUCGUUGCAAUUGUUGAUCCACCAAGAGCUGGAUUGCAUCAAAAAGCAUUAGUUGCACUACGUAAAAUCAAACAAUUGAAUAAGUUAGUUUAUAUUUCUUGUAAUCCUAAUGCUGCUAUAAAGAAUCUUGUCGAUUUAGCAAGACCGAAUUCAAAGCAAUAUUUCGGUGAACCUCUAGUGCCUAUUAAGGCCAUUCCUGUUGAUAUGUUUCCUUAUACAAAACAUUGUGAAUUAGUUUUGUAUCUUGAAAGACUUCCACUCGUAAAAGAAUCCAUCGAUGAAAUGUAAAA